GCAGUCCCCGCCUCCCGUCUGCAGACCGCCGAUUUUUGAAAAAUAACGGCUGUUUCAAUAGCAAGACGCAAAUCAAAGUACGGUGCAAACGUCGGCAUUUUAAAACUUUUUGUCAGACCCCCGAACAUCAUGACGUCCAUAACUGAUCCAAACAUGAGUGUCAGGUUCGCCAGUGCAAUGGAGGAGAUCCAUAACAAACAGCUUAAAACAUAUGGGGAGAUAAUAGACACAACUACAGAGCUGUGCCAGUCCCAUAGACAAUUUGUGAAAUCUGCACUUGAUACGUGUUUAAAGAAAUGUAAGGAUGAUGAGAUGCUGUUUGAGACAAUACAGACAUUCAAAAGAGACUUGGAACAAAAAAGUGCAUUUGUGAAAGAGAAACGGGAUGCCAUUUCUGAAGAGAUAUCUGAGAUUCAGCAGAAGGAGAUGCAGAAGGAUGACAUUAUUCAGAAGAUAGAGAAACUUAAAGAAGAACAAUCCAAGAGAAAAGAUUUAAUUGAGUCUCAAAACAAAGCAAACAAAGACAGACUGAAGAAUCUCCAGAAAGCUAGACUAGUCUUUCAGGAUCAUUUGGGGAUGGAGAUUCGCACAAUUCUCGGCAAAACACAAUUGGUUAAAGGUGAAAAGUUGCAGUUCGUUUUCCGGAAUAUCAACCCUUCAGAUCAGGACAGUGCCUAUAUUGUCACAAUGGGGAUUAAAGAAGAUGGAUCGUACCAGAUUGUGUCUAGUGACCCCCCACUCGCGUGUUUGCCAGUCUUGGAGAGCCGGCUUCAGGAGACCAAUAACCUACCAGCAUUCCUGGCAAAUGUCAGGAAGGAGUUUAUCUCUCAGGCACGCUGCUAAGACUGGACGGGUGGAAGGACGAGGAACUGUGCAGGGAAAUUCUUGCUGCAAUGUGGACUAAUGUAAGCAAGGACCUCAUGUUCAAGAAUCUGUUCACAUUCUUCUUAAUCAGCUUAAAUAUAAAGCAACACAGUUUUUAAUCUGUACCUACAUCCCUGUAAACAACACAUUAUCUGCUUUUUCAAGAGUAAUAUGUACAUAUGGGUUUAUGAUGCACUUCUGUGGGCAGUAAUUAACAAGCUGUAUUUAAUAAUCUGGGCUUCUAACUAAAUAAUUACUGGUGUUUGAGGCACAAGUGUCCUGUCUCAGUG